AGGGCGGAUUGGUCUAACUGAGACAAGGUUUCCUGCCUGGCAACUUGCAUUUAAAGUCAGGAAUUCCCUUUAUGUUUUCUCCGUACCUUCGUUGCCUACCUCACAUCCACUAACAAUGGCCACUCCUUGCAUUUCACAGCGGUGCGGCCUCUCUGGCUUCAAACUUCAGGAUAACGACAUUAUCGUUGCUAUGAUGCAAAAUGGGCAGCAAUCGGUGAUGAUGCCUAAUACUCGAUCGAAGCUUGAAGAUUAUGGUUUCAUCGAGUGCGUUGGGGCAUGCCCUCAUCUUGGUGGGCAAGCAACAGGCUGUCACAAGGAGUGUACUAAUCAGGUACACUCACCAUUACGAGAAUCGCUCCUCAAGGCAUUGGCGUACCGAUACGAACCGACACCGACCGAGGCCGCCACGCGUAUGAAAUGGCUACACCAACAUGUCUCAUCAUCACCGAUCUUAAGACUAGUGAAACCGCGCUUACCCGAAGAACUUCGUUGCCGAAUCGCAAAGUAUCUUCUGGAGGGCUCUUCUCUGCACCGCUACGCCGUGGCAUACGCUCAGGUUCUGGCAAAAAAGGCGACAAACGUUGUCCCUCCCAUCAGCGUCGUGGCCAAGAUCUGGGCCCGUUUCGUCGACUUCGAAGGCACUCGCUAUGUAUCGUCUUUGAGUAAUUCGUGCGACGAAGGUCAUACGGAGAGAAUGUUCGCGCCUGACGCUUCUCGGCGCGUGAAAUCCGUGCAUAUCGCUGAGAAUUAUCUCGGUGUGAUGCAGUUGCUUUUCUGUUACUCCGAGCAGCCUCCAGCCGUGGAGAGUUGCCAGGGCCUCUGGUGGAGAGUCAUUCGACUUUAUGAUGGCCCGAUGCUUCUCACAUCCACUGACGGUGUAAAGUUGCGUGACGUUGUCUCAAGAGAUACGGACACGAACUUGCAUCUAAAGUACCUGUGGUCUACUCCUCCAUCAGAGCCCAUUCGAUUGGUUCAACUAAGUCCAAUUCCGCCAUCAGCUCAACUCUCAGAUCUAGUGUGCAACGGACCGCGUGUGACUGCGUAUUCAGUUUAUUGGAACUGCCGGAUUGUGUAUCUACAUGCCCAUGCCGAAGGAGAAGAUCUUGCGUUCUAUAAUGGCUAUGACGAUGGAAUCUGGGUGUAUUGUCCUCUUGAGCAGGGAGAGAAGGUAUCCGAAAUCUGGAAGUACAGUCAAUUCAAGCGAGGCUGUGUUCUGAUCUUCAAAACGACGCAUAACCGUGUUGCUUAUUUCGGUCCUCAACCUAAGUUGCAGCCAUUUCCUGUGCCAAACUUGAUCGAUCUUCCCCGUCAAGAUGGAGGAAGCCGGCUAUUCUUCGAGCACUCUCCGCUGGGGGUACGCAUGCUAGCCUUCGAAACUCCUAUACCGACACCUGCUUCGUAUUCACUCGCUCUUCCCACACCAUCAUCUCAACAUCCAAAGUCAACUUUCUUCGAGCCCUACUUCUACUCUACAGCGUCCUUAGAUGGUGUUGUUAGAAUUGUGCCAUGUCAGCGCUAUGUACGAAGCAUGCUGCGUAUUACAGGACUGCUUCUUCAGUUUUCUGAGGGCCGGCAGUGCUGCCUUGGUCAGGUUCGACUCGACAGCUUGGGCAGUCCAUUCCAAGCAAGUAGCCAUCAAGCCGUAUGGCUCAUUUUCUCCAAGGAUGACAACAGGCCGUUCGUGUCUGCCUUGGAACUUUCAGAACCUGAAGACAAAAAAGGCCCCUGCUGUCUUGAAAUACAAGUUCGUGGCCAAUUGGAUUGGUGGUUUUCCUCGAGGCAAUGCCAAGUGUGCUACCAGGACAAAUCGAGUCCACCAACUAGACUAUGACUCAAAUACAAUCGGUGCAAUGAAAUGAUUCCGGGACCUUUGUUGUUCACGGAAUUACAUCUCAUAUCAUGCAGUAUAAGAAACGGUUGAUGGUUGGCUCUGGGCAUUUAAUG